AUGAUCGCGAAGGACUGGAUAAUGUUAAAAACUAAUCAAGAGAGGAACAUGAUGAUCCGAAGAGCGCAGAAUGCACGUAUAAUUAUUAUUUGUUCCUAUUGUAUAAUGACAUUAGCGUGCUUUUUCGUCGCAGUAUUGCCUAUUUUUGGAUUGUCAGUAAGACUGACACCUAAUAUUACUGAUCCAGGAAGAAUGCCAAUGCCUUUACAAACCCAUUACAUUUACGAUAUAACAAAAAGGCCUCAAUAUGAAUUAACAUUUAUUGGUCAAGUCAUCUAUGUAGCUAUCGCUAUGAUGAUCUAUAGUGCAGUAGACAAUUUUCUCAGUCUCGUGGUUUUUCAUAUAUGUGGUCAAUUAGACAUUCUUGAGAAUCGUAUGCAAUAUUUGGAUAAAUACAUAAAUUAUCAUAAAAUACUAAAAUGCUGCUUAACAAAACAUAUCCGUUUGCUUAGAGCUAUUGAUGUUAUUGAAGAUACUUAUAAUGGAAUACUUCUCUCUUUAUUUAUAUAUUUCGCGAUACUCUUCGCCUUCUACGGAUUUAGGGUAAUUAGCCUUUUUGAUGAAGGAAAUAAUAUAUCGAUCACUCACUCAAUCUAUUUCAUAUCCACUGUUAUCAAUAUAUUUACACACAUGUGCCUAUAUUGCGUCCUUGGCGAAAUUUUAAUGGCUCAGUGCAAUAAAAUAUAUUAUGCGGCGUAUAGUAAUAAAUGGUACGCUAUGGAUCCAAAGGUUGUAGAAGAUUUGUUGCUUUUAAUGACAAGAGGUUCUAAACAAAUUUGUCUCACCGUUGGAAAAGUGUCUCCUGUUACAAUGGCCACAUUUUGCAGUUUAGUAAAAACAUCUGUUGGGUACAUAUCCGUUUUGCAUACAACAAGGAGGUAA